GGUUAAGAAUUUUCGAGUGGGAUUAAGGUUGCGAUCUCUGGGGAGGGUGGGCCAUCUGCUCUCGGUUAUUUUCGUGUUCGCCGCUUCCCCUUAAAUGUAUGUUCACAACGGAGCCGCAGCCUUAUCAGCCGGGCCCGGGGGACGGUGGCUCCAGGUGCGGCUCGGGACUCGCUGGCGGAGCCAUGGCCUCCCACAGACAUGCAGGCCCCUCCAGCUACAAGGUAGGCACCAUGGCCGAGAAGUUUGACUGCCAUUACUGCAGGGACCCGCUGCAGGGAAAGAAGUACGUGCAGAAGGACGGCCACCACUGCUGCCUGAAGUGCUUCGACAAGUUCUGCGCCAACACCUGCGUGGAGUGCCGCAAACCCAUCGGCGCUGACUCCAAGGAGGUGCACUACAAGAACCGCUACUGGCACGACACCUGCUUCCGCUGCUCCAAGUGCCUUCACCCCUUGGCCAAUGAGACCUUUAUGGCCAAGGACAACAAGAUCCUGUGCAACAAGUGCACCACUCGCGAGGAUUCCCCCAAGUGCAAGGGGUGCUUCAAGCCCAUCGUGGCAGGCGAUCAGAACGUGGAGUACAAGGGCACCGUCUGGCACAAAGACUGCUUCACCUGCAGCAACUGCAAGCAAGUCAUCGGGACAGGAAGCUUCUUCCCCAAAGGGGAGGACUUCUACUGCGUGACUUGCCACGAGACCAAGUUUGCCAAGCACUGCGUGAAGUGCAACAAGGCCAUCACAUCUGGAGGAAUCACUUACCAGGAUCAGCCCUGGCAUGCCGAGUGCUUUGUGUGUGUUACCUGCUCUAAGAAGCUGGCUGGGCAGCGUUUCACCGCUGUGGAGGACCAGUAUUACUGCGUGGAUUGCUACAAGAACUUUGUGGCCAAGAAGUGUGCUGGAUGCAAGAACCCCAUCACUGGGAAAAGGACUGUGUCAAGAGUGAGCCACCCAGUCUCUAAAGCUAGGAAGGCCCCAGUGUGCCACGGGAAACGCUUGCCUCUCACCCUGUUUCCCAGCGCCAACCUCCGGGGCAGGCAUCCGGGUGGAGAGAGGACUUGUCCCUCGUGGGUGGUGGUUCUUUAUAGAAAAAAUCGAAGCUUAGCAGCUCCUCGAGGCCCGGGUUUGGUAAAGGCUCCAGUGUGGUGGCCUAUGAAGGACAAUCCUGGCACGACUACUGCUUCCACUGCAAAAAAUGCUCCGUGAAUCUGGCCAACAAGCGCUUUGUUUUCCAUCAGGAGCAAGUGUAUUGCCCCGACUGUGCCAAAAAGCUGUAAAGUGACAGGGGCUCCUGUCCUGUAAAAUGGAAUUUGAGUCUUGUUCCUUGUGUCCUCGCCCUCUGCCCCGUACCACCCCUGGGGCCAGAGAGGCCUUUUCACCUCUCCGAGUUGCUCCUCCUGUCCUUCUUCCCAUUUUACAGUUACGCCUCAAGUACGGGCACGCAGUGAUCAUGUUAGGAUUUAGCAAAAAGCAACCCUGCAGCAACGUUACUGUCCUGAUAGCUGCAGUUAGCAAACGAACACGUAGCUAGAUUGACUCUUCUGCAUGUUUAUCCUAGAGCAGAAAAGCGCCGACCAUUUAGCUGCUUAGUGAUGUAAGCAAGAAGCCUAAGAGAUAAAGCCCCCACUGAGAUGCCUCUCGUGGCUCAGCUGGGACCCACCGUGUCCGUCACACGACACACGCGAGAGUUGCAGCGGCUGCUCCAACUCGGCUGCUCACCCUGUCCUGUGAGCAGCAGGAACUUACCGAGAUGCAUGGUUUAACUUCCCCAUCAACACCUUCCCUCUGUUCUUUUGUGCUUUCAAACCACUAAUAUGGAUUUCCAGAAAACUAACAUUUGAAUUUAGCUGUAAUUCUAACCGACCUUUCCCCUGUACUAACGUUGGAUUUGGAUUUGUGGCGUGCUUUCGGAGCGUUCCUCCUGCCAAGCAUGGAACACGCAAGGCGAUUGGGAGAGUGUAGGCAGGUCUGAGAAAACGAGCCUGUGUCACCAGAAUGUCGUCCCAGUGAAUACUUCCGGAAGCUUAACAAAACUAACCCAGCUGUCCUUUAUCUUUUUUUAAUGAAUAAUGUUUUGCUUUAAUGAAUAGCAGCAUAGUUUAUGGGUUUGGAGACUUGCAUGAGAAUGUUUUCGCCCCCUCAGGCGUUCCUGCGGUUUUGCAAUUUACCCUCCAGAAGUAGCCAUAAAACCUGAGAGGGGCAGGUGAGCAGGUGCCAGGACUGUCACUGACACGGACAUGCCGUUUCCAGACACGGCAGAGUGGGCUUCCCCCCAACCGUUGUCAGCGGCGGCGGCGGCUGCUGUUGUGAGUCUUAGGACCGUUCCUCAAGAGCUUACAGCUGGAUCGCUGGGGGAGCGGGGAGGCCACGGUCCCGGCAGGCAGAACCGGAUGUCCACGUAGCGCUUACCUGAGACGCAGGAGCACCUCCUUACUGUAUUCUAGCUACAUUGUUGUAUUACAUAGCAUAUCCCGAGACGACUUCAAGAGUACACACGUAAUGACAGCGCGUAUUAACAUUCUCGUAGGAGUGGUUAGAGAAGCCGAUGCCUCAUUGCUACAUUUUGUCAUUAGCUUUGAUCAUCUAACGUUUCAGUGUAUCCUUACGGAAAUAAAGCAGCAUCUAAAGAA